AUGUCUCUUUUUCGUCAAGAUUGUAGUCACAAAUUAUCAUAUUAUAUAAAUUUAUCAAAUGAAAAUUUCCAGGCUCAUUUGAUCAAUAUUGCAUUUAUUGGUAUUUCGUUCUUCAUAUCAUUACUACUAUUCCAACAUGGUUUCUUACUUAAACGAGUUGAGCUCACAUCACGCAGUUCAUGUUCGGAUGUUGCUUCACGUGAUGCCUGUUGGUUUCCAGCUCAGUACCAACGAGCUGUUAUUAUUCUAAUUGAUGCUUUACGAUAUGAUUUUGUUGCACCAUUUCAACGACAGCUUGACAGUAACAACAAAGCAUAUUCCGGUCACUUCUCGACCAUUACUCGUUUACUCAAUGAUCAUAACGAAUCAGCAGUUUUGAUGCACUUCCGUGCUGAUGCUCCAACUACUACGAUGCAGCGUUUGAAAUCAUUAACCACUGGCUCACUUCCCACUUUUAUUGAUGUUGGUUCAAAUUUCGCAAGUACUGCAAUACUGGAAGAUAACUGGGUUGAUGAAAUUGUCGCAACGAAUCGAAGUAUCGUUAUGCUAGGAGAUGAUACAUGGGUUUCACUCUAUCCAGAACAGUUCAGACGUAAAUAUCAUUUGCCAUCCUUCGAUAUAAAUGAUCUUCACACCGUUGAUCAGAUGAUUUUGAAUAAUCUUUUCGGUGAGCUUGUAAAAUCGGAUUGGACCGUACUGAUAGCGCAUUUUCUUGGCGUUGAUCAUUGUGGACAUAAAUAUGGUCCAAAUCAUCCUGAAAUGUUCAAAAAACUGAAGCAAAUGAAUGAAGUUUUGGCAAAAGUGGUUGAUUCUCUGGAUAAUGAUACUUUAUUGUUGGUAAUGGGCGAUCAUGGAAUGACUGAAAAUGGCGAUCAUGGUGGCGAUGAACCACUAGAAAUCGAUGCUGCUUUAUUUAUGUUUGCCAAAAAGAAGUUAAUUUUUGCAGAACCGCCGAAGUCAGUUUCACAGGUUGACAUUGUGCCAACAAUUAGUCUGUUACUCGACUCGCCCAUUCCAUAUUCAAAUAUUGGAACCCUAAUUGAUUGCACUAUAGUACCGGAACAUCGGGCUCUAGCUAUAAGCAGUAAUGCAGAGCAAAUGAUGCGUUAUGGACGAACUAUUGUGGCAGAAACUCAAUUACCGGAGCUAGAUUCAUUGAUACGAAGUUUCGAAAAUAAUGGAAAUGUAGAAAACUCCAUUGAUUAUAUGCGGCGUUUGCAAGAACUUUUACGUGCUUCAUGGACUGAGUUUAACAAUAGUUUCAUGCGAAUCGGUUUCAUGUCAUUGCUUGAUGCCGUAUUAUCAGUUUACGAUUCGCUUUAUACGGGAAACAUUUCAUUUGCCUCAUUGAUUUUUCGGUCCGGUCUAUUUUUCAUUCAAAUAUCUAUUUUUUUGAUUGGAGAUGAUGAGCAUUAUAUUGCAAUUUUGGAUUUUUUAUUAUCCUUCUCACUGAUUAUUCAACUUGUUCGAGCAGCCAGAACAUUAUUUUCUUUCACAUCAACAAUUUGGGAAAUUGCUAUAUUCUGUAUGACUAUUGUACAUGCAUCAUCUUUCCUUUCCAAUAGCUACAUUGUUUUUGAAUCAUCCGUAAUACGUUUCCUGACGCAAACCGUGGUUACUAUUGCAUUUUGGCAAUCAUUUUCAAAUAGAAAACAUAGUAAUCGUCAUCAUUCGAGAUCAUUUUUAACCGUAUUAGGAGAUCGUUUUAAUUGGCAACGUUCUCUUAUCUUUAUUAUCAUCAUUUUACUUUUACGGCUGGGCAUUUUUUUUGAAAAAUGUCGAGAAGAGCAGAGAGAUGCAUGCGAAGCUACAAUAUUUUCACAGUCAUUUUCGCAUAUUCCGCAUAGCCCCAUAAAAAUAAUGCGUUUUAUGUUCGGUAUCUCAGUACAGAUUCUUGCUACAUACUUGGUGACGAAGCUUUUGCGAAAUUAUCCAAGUGAAAUUUGGACUUCAACAUUAAUUUUUCCAACAGCUGUUGCUUGUAUUACUUCAUGGUUAUCUCUUUGGUUACCCGAAGACACUGUUAGCCAUUUUGUUCGAUUUUCACUUGGUACUGCUCAGAUUGUUUAUGGUUUGUCGUUCAUCAAUUUAUUAAUUGUUUGUUUCCGUGCAGCUUGUAUAGGAAAAUUUUGGAAUCAAAAUAGUUGCACAAUAUCAUACGUAGUGUGUAUAUCAUCUGUCUUGUUUCUGAUCCUGGGUGAUGGUCUAGCAUUCAGUUUUCUUUCGUUAAUUACAGUAAUCUUUCUCAUUCCACUUAUUGUGGAUGAUGAAUAUUACCAAAUAGUAUUUAUUGUUUUUUUAUCAUCGCAUGGAUUCUUUUCUUUAUCACAUCAACCGACAUUCUCAUCAAUUCCUUGGCAAGCUGCCUUCGUGGGUGUUCCCGGUAAUUUUGCCAUUCAAAUAGUACCGGGCACGCUUAUUGUUGCGCAUAUUUUUGCAUCGCAAAUCAUUACAAGCGUUGCAGUACCGAUGCUUGUUGUAAAGCAAAAUUAUCGGCAAUCUGGACUCUCACAUUGGACUUAUAAAUUGAUCUUAUUUCAUUCAUUGAAGGUAAGUUUCAGUUAAUUCCAGUCAGAAUUUUAAAAAACAUCAGAGGUACAAACUUCA